ACGAGCUUUUGGUCAAGUCGAUCGAUGGCCCUCCGACGCGCGGUACAGAUUGCCGGCCUUGGCGCCGGCGCCACGGUCGCGGUCGGCGUCGCCGGCCUCUGCAUGGACGCGCCGCCGGCCGACGAUGGCAGCCCUGACUACCUCGCCAAGCACGCCCAGCACGUCGCGACGCGCGACCGCCUGCCCGAGGUGUUUUACAACGCGGCCCGCGCCACCUUUCUCUUCUACCCCGCGACGCUCGUCGCCAAGGUGUACUUGGGCGCCUUGAACUCGUUCUCGAUGCAGAACGAAGACGCGCUUGCCAAGUGGAUCCUCGCGCGCCCGCGCCACCGGUCGCUCAUCACGGUCACCAACCACUCGUCGACGGUUGAUGACCCGGCGCUCUUUGCACGCAUGCUGCCGUGGGCGUGCGCGAACCCUCGCGUCUCUCGCUGGGGGUUGUGCAGCCAAGAGUACUGCUACACCAAGGGCCCCUUGCUCUCGGCCGUUUUUUACGGCUCCAAGACGCUGCCGAUCAAGCGCGGCGCCGGCAUUGACCACCCGAUGCUUCACGAUCUCUUCAAGAAGGUGCAGAUGGGCGAGUGGGUCCAUGUCUUCCCCGAAGGCAAAAUCGUUCAAGGCGGCCAUUUGGGCCAGCGCGACGAGCCAAUGCAAACCAACAUCGGGGGGCUCAAGUGGGGCGUCGGGAAGCUCAUUGCUCGCGCAGAAGAGACACCGAUCGUCGUGCCGAUCUACCACCUCGGCCUCGAUGCAGUCAUGCCCCAGAACGCGAACCACAAGCUCAAGAGCAUGAUCCCGACAACGGGCAACCACGUCCAUGUGCGCGUGGGCGAGCCCAUUUACUUUGACGACCUCUUUGAAAAAUACGCCAAGGACCGCGUCCAAGGCGCCGAGGGCCCGGACUCGUGGGUCUCCAAGUCAUCCGAGCACGCGCUGUACUCGGACAUUACCCGUCGCAUUGAACAUGCGCUUCUGGCACUCGAAGCGCAGUGCUACGAAGACUUGAAGUCGCUCUCGCCGUAGUAGACAAUGAUGAUUUUUCUGGCGACCAUACAAAUAUAGUACAUCUCUUUUGCUGCUUGG